AUGGCAAUAACUUAUAUUGGGGUUGAUGUUAGUAAAAAAACUCUAAGUAUCUAUAUACCAGCUAUCAACAAAGCUUUUGAGGUGAGCAAUGAUCAACAAGGGUUUACAAGUAUGCUGGCCACUAUUAAUAAGCAUUAUCAGAACUUAUCUGAAAUAAUUGUGGUCUUUGAACCUACUGGGGGAUACGAACAUAAUUUAAGAGAAUUUCUAAAAAUCAAUAAGCUACCUUUUACUACAGUUCACCCUAAUAAAGUUCGGCAGUUUGCUAAAGCCAGAGGAUGGCUUGCUAAAACUGAUAAUAUCGAUAGUAGAUUAUUACGUGAUUAUGCAACAUGUUUUACCUUAACAGUAAAAAUUACUUAUGAUAGUGAAAGUCAACAACAAUUACAUGCUUUAUUAAGAAGAAGAGAACAAUUAUUAGUAUUUAAGAAUCAAGAAAUUGCUAGGCAAGAUACCGAGUCUAAUUCUGUAAUCAUUUUAUCUUUGAACCAGCAUAUUACUAGUUUAACAGAACAAUUACAAGAAAUUGAGGAUAGCAUAAAAAGAUUAAUCUCUUACGAUCAAGAAAUAAAAGAUAAAAUUGAUAAGCUUACUUCUAUUCCAGCAGUAGGUAUUACUCUUGCCACUACAGUUAUAUGUGAAGCACUAGAGCUUGGUAAUAUUCCUUUUAGACAGUUAACUUCUUUAGUAGAACUUGCCCCUUUUGCUAGAGAAAGCGGUAAUUAUAAAGGUAGAAGAAGUAUCUUUGCAGGUAGAGGUAAUUUCCGAAGAGUACUUUAUAUGGCUGCUGUUGCUUCUUUAAGGUGCAAUAAGCGUUUACGCAAUUUUUAUGAUCGCUUGAUUGCUAACCAUAAGCCGCCAAAAGUUGCUUUAGUGGCUGUUAUGCGUAAAUUACUCGCUUUUAUGCAUUCUAUUGUUAAAAAUAAUUCUUCUUGGAAUCAAAAUUUAUGUUAA